AUGUUUUACAUUUUCUAUAGCACGGAACGCACAAGUAAGGCAAACACAGAUGCCAUCAACAAAAAGUGUACGAUCUCUGCUUUUGAACCUGUGCAAAACAGAGAAAUGGGUCACUACAUCGAUGUAAUCUAUACCACAAGUGAUACUGAAAUUGGUUGUAUAGAGAUCGGUAAAGGCAGUGACCAAACAAAAGUAAUGAAGGAUGGUCUAGUAAAACUGCCAUUAGUUAUGCAUGAUGAUUUGCUGUUGCAGCUGGCAACUACGGAAGAGGCUCUCAGAAAGACGCAUGUAAUCAGCUUCAUUAUUUUAGGUUUGUGCAAUCUUCCAGUAUAUAAGUAG